CCGGUCCGCACUCUGGGCUGCGGGCGGGGGCCGGCGGUCCCUCGAGGUCGGCUCGCAGCUCCGGCCGCGGGUCGCUCGGACGCUGUCCCUGCGGAGCUGGCCCGGCCCGGGCUGCAGCCAUGAUCAAGCGCUUCCUGGAGGACACGGAUGAUGCAGAACUGAACAAGUUCGUGAAGGAUUUCCCAGGAAGUGAGAGCUGCCACCAACCAGAGGCCAAGACCUGGGUGUCCAGGCCCCAAGUUCUGGAGCCAAAGCCCCAGGCCCCGGACCUCUACCAGGAUGACCUGGAGUUCAAAGGCCCCUCGUGGCCCCAGCCCUCUGACAGCCAGCAGUACUUCUCUGCCUCAGCCCCUCUCAGCCCCUCAGCCCGACCCCGCAGCCCAUGGGGCAAGCUUGAUCCCUAUGACUCCUCUGAGGAUGACAAGGAGUAUGUGGGCUUUGCGACCCUCCCCAAUCAAGUUCACCGAAAGUCUGUGAAGAAAGGCUUUGACUUUACCCUCAUGGUGGCAGGAGAGUCUGGACUGGGGAAAUCCACUCUUAUCAAUAGCCUCUUCCUCACUGAUCUGUACCGGGACCGGAAACUCCUCAGUGCUGAAGAGCGGAUCAUGCAAACUGUGGAGAUCACUAAACAUGCAGUGGACAUAGAAGAGAAGGGUGUGAGGCUACGGCUCACCAUUGUGGACACGCCGGGUUUUGGGGAUGCAGUCAACAACACAGAGUGCUGGAAGCCUGUGGCAGAAUACAUCGAUCAGCAGUUUGAGCAGUAUUUCCGAGAUGAGAGUGGCCUGAACCGCAAGAACAUUCAAGACAACAGGGUGCACUGCUGCCUGUACUUCAUCUCACCCUUCGGCCACGGGCUCCGGCCAUUGGAUGUUGAAUUCAUGAAGGCCCUGCAUCAGCGGGUCAACAUCGUGCCUAUCUUGGCUAAGGCGGACACACUGACCCCUCCUGAAGUGGAGCGCAAGAAACGCAAAAUCCGAGAGGAGAUUGAGCGCUUUGGAAUCAAGGUCUAUCAGUUCCCGGACUGUGACUCUGAUGAGGAUGAAGACUUCAAAUUACAGGACCAAGCCCUAAAGGAAAGUAUCCCAUUUGCUGUAAUUGGCAGCAACACUGUGGUAGAGGCCAGAGGGCGGCGAGUUCGGGGCCGUCUCUACCCCUGGGGCAUCGUGGAAGUGGAAAAUCCAGGACACUGCGACUUUGUGAAGCUGAGGACAAUGCUGGUGCGUACUCACAUGCAGGACCUGAAGGAUGUGACACGGGAGACACAUUAUGAGAACUACCGGGCACAGUGCAUCCAGAGCAUGACCCGCCUGGUGGUGAAAGAGAGGAAUCGCAACAAACUGACUCGAGAGAGUGGUACCGACUUCCCCAUCCCUGCUGUCCCACCAGGGACAGAUCCAGAAACUGAGAGGCUGAUCCGAGAGAAAGAUGAGGAGGACUCUCUAAAAGGCCCCAUUUUGAUGCGUGUGCCUGUUCCAGCUGCGGCGGAUGCAGGAGAUGCUGCACAAAAUCCAAAGACAGAUGAAGGAGACCCAUUAGUUGGCUUUCAGUCCUGGAUAUUUAAAUCUCCUCUUCAUCCUGCCCAGGCCGGCCCGUCCCAGCACCAGCUCUGCUCAGGCCCCUGCAGCUACUGCCACUUCGCCUUACAUCCCUGCUGCCUCCCCAGAGACUCAGAGGAAAUAAAGUUUAACAAAUCUAUGGCUGCCAUAUGGUGUCACUGUCUGUAUUUUUACCAGCCCCUGGAGACCAAAAAGAUCCUAGGACCCACUUUUGAAAGGGUGCUGAAGGAGGGUGCUGGUUUCUGGCUUUUAGUAGGGAAAACUUUCCUUUCCUAUGACAGGUUUCAGCCCCUGCCUAGAAUCCAAUCUGGCCUCUCCAUCACACUGACCACAGCUCUAUUAUCUAGGGCCUGAUCCCCUCUUCAUCUU